AUGGAGGAGUUACUAAACGAUGUUGUACCCCAAGAGGAUUUAGAGAAAUUUGAGAAGAAAUACGCCAAUGAGAUGGAACUGGAUGGGACUGUAACAAUAGAAACAAAAUUCGAAUAUGCUUUUUGCUUAGUACGCAGUAGAUAUACAAAUGACAUUCGGAAGGGUAUCAUGAUAUUAGAAGAAUUGGCUAGAGUACAUCCUGAGGGUCGUCGUGAUUAUAUAUAUUACCUGGCUUUCGGCAAUGCCAGAAUAAAGAAUUAUUCAGAUGGGUUAAAGUAUUGUCGAGCAUUCUUAGACAUAGAAUCCAACGACCAAGUUCGAUCUUUAGAAGAAUAUAUAAAAAAGCAAAGCGACAAAGACAUGGCAAAGGGUAUGGCGGUUGCAGGUGGUGCUGCUCUUGUACUUGGUGGCAUCCUGGGACUUGGCAUAGCUCUAGCAAAAAAGUAAUGACUUCACUUAUAGCAAUUUCUAAUACAAAGAAACACAUUUUACGAU